GAAAGCGCCUUGAACUUGAACCUGUACACCACAGUUGUCGAUCCUCUCCUUUGUGCUCCAUGGCGAGCUACCAGCGACUCUCCGCCAGCGACGACAACAUCACUGAGGAGCAUGGGCUAGUCGACGAGAAGCAACGGUCGUUAUCACGAACAUUGACACCGAAACAUACCUUCGAUAUCUUUCGCUACCUCACUCUCCUUCUCAUCGCCGUUAAUGUCCUUUUGGCUGGUGUCAAUCUAUGGGCAACCAAUGCUCUCUCUUCGACCAUCCUGGACAUAACUCCUCUCACCAAGGUCGCGCACCUACCUAUGCCAGACCAGUAUGUAGGCCUCAGCGAUGUCUCUCGACAGAAACUGAUCCAUACCGAAGAGGAGAAAGCCAGUGUCCUUGGUUCACGCGAUACAUCUUGAUUGUACUUUUGCAACUGUUGAGAUAGGAAUAGGACUUCAGGAGAGCACACGGUUUGUCAUAUUGACGCAUGUGCGUGCAGUCAUCGUGGGCUUCGUGCAUCUUCCGCAAGAGUUGUGCCUUUGAUCGUAGUGACAAUCUAUGCAGGGUCUACUUCCAAUAGGAGACACAUUUCUCCAGAGAAGAAUUGAACAGG